GUCAACUCCUUUGAUUACUCCACUCCAUCAUCAACGAUGCACCCUCCCAACGAUACCUUUUCCCUUCCUUAACUCCCACGUGUCCCCUGUAUUACAAGUAUUCCAUUUGGACGGCUGAUGAAGAAUGAGAAGCGCGAUAUCUGUUGCAGAGGAUAAUGGAAAAAAGAAGUGGAAUUGUUUAAGGAAAGAAGAUCUUCCUCUUUAUUUAUUUUUGUCAGCUUCAAGGCUUGCUACUGAUAAUGUGAUCGCUUGCGCGAAGGAACACUUUGAAGAGGGAGAGAGUCAGUGAACAUGGCGACGGUGCAGUUGGUGAGAGAGAGUGAGGUGGCGGAGACGCUGGAGACGAGUCCAAGGAGUCCUGAGGCCAAACUCGGAAUGAAAGUGGAGGAUUUAUGGGAUGUGCAGGAGCCGCAGUUGAGUGCAACUGAGAAGCUUAACGCUUGCUUCGAGAGUAUCCCUGUUUCUGCCUUCCCUUCUGGAACUUCAUCUCAAGUGGUCGAAAUCAAAUCAGACACAAGUCUAGCAGAGGCAGUGAAAAUACUAGCGGAUAACAAAAUAUUAAGCGCGCCGGUUUUGGAUGUUGAUGCACCUGAGGAUGCUACUUGGAUGGACAGAUACAUCGGCGUUGUUGAGUUUUCUGGAAUUGCUAUCUGGAUUUUGCAUCAGUCAGAACCUCCAUCUCCUAGGAGUCAAAGCUUUGACACAGCUCUUGCAGUGGCGGCUAAUGGGUUGACUAAUGCUGCAGGACUUGGGACCUUAGGCCCUGAAGAUGCCUCAGCAACUUCUGGAAACUUUUUUGAGGCUUUGACUUCUUCUGAAUUCUAUAAAAAUAUGAAGGUUCGAGACAUCUCUGGAUCAUUCCGGUGGGUGCCAUUUCUUGCUUUACAGCAAUCGAACUCCUUUUUGACGAUGCUCUUGUUGCUUUCAAAAUACAAAAUGAAGAGUGUUCCUGUGAUUGCUCUGGGUGAUGGGAAGAUUGAUAGCAUAAUCACGCAAUCUGCUGUUAUUCACAUGCUAGCGGAAUGUGCUGGGCUUCAAUGGUUUGAGAGCUGGGGAACCAAGAAACUUUCAGAAAUUGGUCUUCCUUCCAUGUCCCAUAAUCAUAUUAUCAAGGUGUAUGAGGAAGAACCGGUUCUCCAAGCAUUUAAGCUGAUGAGAAAAAAGAGAAUUGGAGCAGUACCUGUUGUUGAAAGUGACGGUAGAAAGGCAGUGGGCAAUAUAAGUCUAAGAGAUGUUCAUUUCCUGUUAACUGCACCAGAGAUCUACCGUGAUUAUAGGUCUAUAACUGCAAAGAACUUUUUGACGGCAGUUAGAAGCUACUUGAAGGAGCAUCACGAGACCUCGCCGAUGUUGAGUGGCAUGAUUACGUGCACAAAAGACCACACAAUUAAAGAAUUGAUUCUAAAACUUGAUUCUGAAAAAAUUCAUCGAAUAUACGUUGUGGAUGAUGCUGGAAAUCUGGAAGGAGUGAUUACACUGAGAGACGUCAUCUCAAGGCUUGUACAUGAACCUCCUGGCUACUUUGGUGAUUUCUUUGAUGGAGUGCUGCCAUGGCCCCAAAACAGUAGAGUUUAAGAGGUGUUGAUAUUGAUGAUCUGGACAUUCCCUAAGGAUUGACCAUUUUCAGAUGACAUCUGCUGAUCUUCGUUGCAUUGUUUGAUAGCGAGAAAAUGCAGUGACUGUGACAUAGUUGAGUGCCCAUGUAAAUAGUUUCUUCUACUUUGAUGGGGUUCCCAUUUCUGUGCAUCUUGAUGUAUCUAUCUAGGAAUUGAAUGUGAGCUCCAUGUCGUGGUCAUUAAUUCAAAUCAAGUAGAAGGGUAGGACUUCUCCAUCCUAUGUUCAUCAGAUCAAAUGCUGAGUUGGCAAGGUGGAAAGAGUAAAUUGUGUUCUAUUUCUAAUAUAGUAUGUCAUAUGCUUUUGGAUUGUGUGUUUGUGAUUCAGUGAUUGUGACCGUUCAUAUGCUUUGAAAGAAGAAAAACAUGUAUCUCACCACGUAGUCUUUUGUUAUUUAUGAGAACAAGAGUAGUGAAGCUCCUAUUUUUCUUGGAAUAA